UUAAGGAAUAAGCACUGGUACACGUAGCAAAUUCGCCAUAAUCAAGGAAAACUCAGGGUGGUGAUCUCUGAAAUUGCUAAGUGAGCACACCUAAUUAACCUGAUUUUUUGCUGAUAAUCAUUCACAAUGGAAUCAAAUCAAAAAUCCGGGGAAGGACUGGCAAGCAUUCUGAAUGAACCAUCACUGCGUGCUUUGAUCCAGCGCACAGGAUAUAAUUUGACACAGGAAAAUGGACAGAGAAGAUAUGGUGGACCACCUCCUGGAUGGGACGGCCCACCACCUGAAAGAGGCUGUGAAAUUUUCAUUGGGAAACUACCCCGAGACCUCUUUGAAGAUGAACUGGUACCAUUAUGUGAAAAGAUUGGGACAAUUUAUGAAGUAAGAAUGAUGAUGGACUUCAGUGGAAAUAAUAGGGGAUAUGCAUUUGUAACAUUUACUAACAGACACGAUGCCAGGAAUGCAAUCAAACAACUUAAUAAUUAUGAAAUUAGAAACGGACGUCUGUUAGGGGUCUGUGCAAGUGUAGAUAACUGCCGGUUGUUUGUUGGUGGGAUCCCAAAAACAAAGAAAAAAGAAGAAAUCUUAGUUGAAAUGAAGAAAGUCACAGAAGGAGUUCUUGAUGUCAUUGUUUACCCCAGUGCAGCUGAUAAAACAAAAAAUAGGGGCUUUGCCUUUGUUGAAUAUGAGAGCCACCGAGCAGCAGCAAUGGCCAGAAGAAAAUUGUUACCAGGGCGCAUCCAAUUGUGGGGUCAUCCAAUUGCAGUAGACUGGGCAGAACCAGAGGUCGAAGUUGAUGAAGACACAAUGUCAUCGGUCAAAAUCCUGUAUGUAAGAAACCUUAUGUUGACGACAACAGAAGAAACAAUUGAAAAAGAGUUCAGCAAUGUCAAACCAGGAGCUGUUGAGCGAGUUAAGAAAAUUAGAGACUAUGCCUUUGUGCACUUUACCAAUCGUUCCGAUGCAGUUGAGGCGAUGAAUUGUUUAAAUGGCAAGUUUAUAGAUGGUUCUCCCAUAGAAGUUACCUUGGCCAAGCCAGUGGACAAAGAUAGCUAUGUAAGAUACACUAGAGGAACUGGAGGAAGAGGAGGCUCAGUACAGGGAGAACUUACAUACACAAUAGGUCAUGUGUAUGACCCAUCUACUGCCUACCUCGGAGCUCCUGUUUUCUAUGCUCCUCCACCCUACGCUGCUGCUAUUCCCAGCCUUCACUUCCCUCCUACAAAGGGAUAUGUCAGCAAUCGUGGCCUCAUUCGACCGCCAUCAGUUAGAGAAAUUUACAUGAGUGUACCUGUAGGGGCUGCGGGAGUUAGAGGACUGGGAGGACGGGGAUAUUUGGCGUACACUGGCUUGGGACGUGGAUGUGUUGGAUAUCAAAUGAAAGGAGACAAGAGGGGAGAUGAGAAACUCUAUGACAUUUUACCUGGCAUGGAAAUCACACCAAUGAGCACUGUUGCUUUGAAGCCACAAGGCAUUAAACUUGCGCCCCAGAUACUUGAAGAACUCUGCCAGAAAAACAACUGGGGGCAACCAGUUUAUCAGCUACACUCUGCAAUUGGGCAAGAUCAACGACAAUUAUUUUUGUAUAAGAUCACCAUUCCUGUUCUUUCCAGUCAAAACCCUGCAAUUCAUCCUUUUACACCACCAAAGCUUUGUAUAUCAGUGGAUGAAGCCAAAAACUAUGCAGCAGAGUACACGCUCCAGACUUUGGGAAUACCAGUGGAAACAACUGAACACCAAACAGCCUUUGCCGGAUAUACCAUUGCAACUUCUCCUGCAGCAGUUGCAGCUACACAACUCAAACAAGCUGUGGCACUGGGACAAGAUCUGGCAGCUUACGCCGCAUACGAAGCUUACCCUGCCUUUGCUGUUGCCACUCGGGGAGAUGCCUAUGGAACAUUUUAAUGGUUGCCUGUCCAAUUAAAAACUAUUCCUGUUCUAAAAGCCAGCUCAGGCCAUUGAAUAACUGGGUUAAUUGUGACGCAAUAUGAAACAAGUUUUAGUAAAAUGGUUUACUUCGUAGUUGUAGUAUAUUUUCUUUUUAAUAUACAGGUGGGUAAUUCUGCUUAUAAUCUUUGUGAAAUCAAUGACUUUCUAAAGAAUUGUUUUUCAAUAGCAAUACCUCCUUUUUAGUAAUUAUAUAGCUUAGCUUAAGAAGAUCCUACAUUUUCAAGAAUGUUUUAUUGUUUACAUAUGUACAUGCUGUACACUAAGAAAAAAAAAAACAACUAAAUAGUAUAUCACCGGUUAAUAUGGAUCUAUUUGAAAUUUGGAUUCAAUAUCUUGUCAAGGGAAUAUGAACAUUAUAAUACAAAUAUCUCAUUGAUCAAGGCAUCAAUUUUCAAUUAGCAUUAAACAUCUCCCCUUAAUCCCUAACAACCUAACAUUUACAAUACCCUAAUCCUAGCCCAAACAUCAUCCCAUAUAUCAAGUCCAGCAUGCAAACCCUAGCCCAGAGUUAGGCAACCUUCGGUACUCCGGAUGUUAUGGACUAUAUCUCCCCUGAUGCUUUUACAACUAUAUGGUUGUAAGAGAAUUAUGGGGCAUGCAGUCCACAACAUCUAGAGUGCUGAAGGUUGCCUAUCUGUGCCCUAGACUAAAAAUAACAGGUCACAUAAAUAUAAAGUAGAUAUAACAAAGUGUGUAUUAGAGGAAAAUAAUCUCAUCUCAUGGGUUCUGGAGAUAUUGAUAACGCACCUGACAUUAAAUAUUGUUGUUUAUAUUGUCUACAGAAUCCCUCAAUGGCAUUAUUUUACCAUAAAAUGGUAAAUACACACAAUGACUUCCAGGAUUUUGGUUGUCUCUAUCGCAUUAUACUUAAAUGCAACAGUUAAAAGUAUCCACUAGGUUUUAAUGGUACAUUCUAAACAUGGUUUCAAAGGAGCAUCCUAACAUUUAAAAUAACUAUAUUUAUUUUUAAGUUAGAGUAGUUCCUUUAUAAAUUUAGAUUUGGGCCACCCUAGGGUGCAUGUACAGUGAUCGCCAAGAUACAUCAAACCAUUGCUUCUCAUAGUCAAGCACUGAAUCCAAUGCUUCUCACUGAGAAGCAUUAGCUGCAUUCAGCGUCAGUGCACAUAAAGAUCUUCGAAAAUAUAAGGUUUUAUAGACAGUCUAUCUGAUAGCUACUCGAGAUGUGUUUUUUAGCCAAAUGUAAAUAUUGCACUUUUUCAUAAUUAAGAUGUAGUGUUUUGUUUUUUUAGUGUGUCCAUUUAAUGCUACCAGCAUUCUACUGGAGGAAAAUUGCAGAAGUAAUACCAUGUAGAAGUCUAAGUCCAAAUUGUAAAUAGGAAUUUUCUUAGGACCAUAGAUUAGGUUAAUUCAAUAAAUAGAAAAUAUAUUUAGCAUUUAGUUUUAAAUAAGAUGUAAAAUUCAGUUUGACCGAACCAUUUAAAAAAAAAA